AUGGCGUCCCACGUAGAUGAUUCCAUGCCCGAGGAAACUCAGGGCUACAAGCUCUCCCAACCGAAGCAGAGCUUGGCCGACUAUCAAAAGAUGGGCAAGUCAAUUCCCAUUCUACCCUCCUGCCAACCCUCCAAGCUCCUUGUCGAGAUCCCUCCAAGAGAGCUUGACGAAGGCGACGAGUCCCUCCAGCGAUACAAGGCAUCUCUCGGCCUCGGCAGCGGCAAGGACAUCUCCGACCCCAACGAUCCCCGCGUCUGCAUCAUCAUCGCCCUGACGAUGCACACCCCCGGCCGCGACCCCGUCACCAUUGACCUGUCCACUCCCGGAAGCGAGAAGAUCCUCAAGGACAAGCCCUUCAAGAUCAAGGAGGGCUCCAAGUUUUCCAUGACGGCCACAUUCAAGGUCCAGCAUGAGAUUCUGAGCGGCCUGCACUAUGUCCAGAUCGUUAAGCGGAAGGGCAUCAAGGUCUCCAAGGACUCUGAGAUGAUUGGAAGUUAUGCUCCCAACACGGACAAGCAGCCUACGUAUACCAAGACUUUUCAGGAAGAGGAGGCUCCUUCUGGGAUGCUCGCCCGGGGUCACUACAGCACCGUUUCUAGCUUCGUUGACGACGAUAAGAAGAAGCAUCUUGAGUUUGAGUGGAGUUUCGACAUUGCCAAGGACUGGUAA